AUGGGUGGGGUGAGAGCGAGCGACGCGCGGGCGAUGUUGGACGCGCUGGAGGCGUUGACGCCGGGGACGCGGCUGGCGAACGGCGCGUUCGAGGUGACGUCGACGCGGCGAGUGAUGCCGUACGACGUCGUGGCGGUGGAGCUGGAACACGUGAAGACUGGGGCGAAGCACUUACACGUGGGGGCGGACGAUUCGAAUAACAGUUUUAACGUUGCGUUCAGGACGACGCCUCGGGACUCCACGGGUGUCGCGCACGUGUUAGAGCACACGGUUUUGUGCGGGAGCGAAAAGUACCCGGUGAGAGAUCCGUUCUUUAACAUGCUUCGACGAUCGUUGAGCACUUUUAUGAACGCGAUGACGGCGAGCGAUUUCACGUGCUAUCCGUUCUCCACGAUGAACCGGGUAGACUAUAAGAAUUUGCUCGACGUCUACCUCGACGCCGCCUUCUUCCCGAAGAUUGCGGAGAUCGACUUCUCUCAAGAGGGGCAUCGUUUCGAGUUCGCGAAGAUGGAGGACCCGACAAGCGAUUUAAUUUACAAGGGGAUCGUUUUCAACGAGAUGAAGGGGGCGAUGGGGUCGCAGAGCGCUCGGUACGGUCGCGCGCUCGGAGAGCACCUCUUCCCGACGUCGACGUACCACUGGAACAGCGGUGGUGAUCCGAUCAACAUCCCGGAUCUCACGUACGAGCAACUGAGAAACUUCCACGCGGUGCACUAUCACCCGUCGAACUCCAAGUUUUACACGUACGGCGAUUUCCCUCUCGAGGAGACACUUCAACAAAUCGAAGACUCGGCUCUGAGCCGUUUCGACAAGUUCGACGUCAGCAAGCUCGUCGUGGAGGACGAAAAGCGAUUCAUCGCACCGAAGAGAGUCGAGGUGACCGUUCCCGCCGACGCCGUCGUCGCUGAUAAGAACAAGCAGUCGAUCAUCUCCCUCGCGUGGCUCAUGAUAAACCAAAUCAAAGAACCGGUCUCGCUCGACAACUUUGCGCUCGGCGUCGCCAGUGACUUGCUCACGAACGGGCCGCAAUCGUACUUCUACGAAGCCCUACUCGAGCCCCGUCUCGGGAGCGCGUUCGCCUCGGGAACUGGCUACAACGGUUCUCGCCGCGAGACGUCCUUCGCGGUUGGUUUGAAGGACGUCGCGGAGUCGGAUGUGAACAAGGUGGAAAAGAUCAUCGAAGAAGUUCUCGAGCGUAUCGCGCGCGAGGGCUUCCCGCGAGAGCGGGUCGAGGCGGUGAUGCAUCAAAUCGAGCUCGACUCGGCCGUGGUGACGACACAGUUCGGUCUUUACACAGGAUUCGGCGCGUACUCGACGUGGGUGCACGACGGCGACGCCCUGAACGCGCUGCGCACCCCGGAGCUCGCUGCGAAGCUCAAUUCUGCGCUCGAUGCCGAUCCGCAGUACUGGCAAAAAUUGAUCAAGAAGUGGUUCUUGGACAACAAGCAUCGUCUCACCAUCACCGCUCGCACCGACGAGGAGUACGACAAGAAGCUUGACGAGGCAGAGAAGAAGAAGCUUAAGCAAAUCGAAAAGAUGCUGAGCGAUGAAGAAAAGCAGAAGAUCGUUGCCAACGCGUUGCUCCUGAAGGAUAAUCAAGACAAGAAAGAGGACGUGUCCGUUUUGCCAACGCUUGUAGUGUCUGAAGCCGUAGAAAAGGAUAUCAAGCGCUGGGGGUCGAAGCAUACGAAAAUUGCCGACGGCGUCCCGCUUCAGUACGACGAGCAGCCGACGAAUGGAGUCGUCUACUUCACCACGCACUUCGAUCUUGAUGGGCUUCCCGAACGUCUUGUUCCGUAUUUAGAUUUAUUCACGGACUUUAUGGAUCAACUCGGCACGGAAAAGAUGAAGUUCAAGGAUUUGGCGGAAGAAAUCAAGCUCCGUACAGGAGGUUUCUCGGUUGGAUCCGUGUUUCGUCCCUCCGCGGAUGGUACGAAGACGCAGCAACUGUCGCUCUCCAUCAGCGGUCACGCGCUCGAACGUAACGUUGACGCUAUGUUCGAUAUUCUAACCGAUCUCACAGAAUCGGUGAAGUGGCGCGGUGAAGAGGAACGCUUGAAGUUGUUACUUGCCCGACGCGCCACCGCGCUCGGGUCCUCCGUCGGUCAACAAGGGAUGACGUACGCCAGAGCUCUCGCCGGGUCGCAAAUCAACGCCGCGAGCGCGUUCGGUAACGAAACGGGCGGUAUGCCGCACGUCGGCUUGGUUUCUCGUCUUUCAAAGGAGAACGCCACAGAGGAAGUUGAGAACGCACUGAGCGAAAUCGCUGCCUAUGCACUUCGACCGGAGCGCGUGCAGCGUUGCCGACUUGCGUGCCAAAAGGAGAGCUUCAACGCGGCUGAGCGCUCCUUCGCGCAGUACCUGAAGAGUAUCAAACCCGUCGCCGUGGCACCGAGCGACAAGGAUACCGUAGAGACGAAGCUCAAGUCGUUCAAGCCAGAGUUAAAGAAAGUCUUUGUCUCCGUCACGGGCCAGACGAACUACUGCUCCGCAGCGCUCCCAGCACUUCCGUACACCCACCCCGACGCUCCGGCGCUGUUCUUACUCGCUCAGGCUUUGAGCGCAGGAUAUCUUCACCGCGAAAUUCGUGAAAAGGGCGGCGCGUACGGCGGUGGAUGCGCUUCAGAUCCGAUGAACGCCCUGUUCACUUUCUUCUCGUACCGCGAUCCGAACACGACGGAGACGCUGGACACGUUCGCCAAGUCCAUCGACUGGGCCACGACCGAAGGCAACAUCACGAAGAAGGAGCUCGAGGAGGCGCAACUUCGCGCGUUUAAGACGCUCGACGCCCCGCUCGCGCCCAGCGCUCGCGGGCAAUCCUCCUUCGUUUCCGGCGUCACCGAAGCCGAGCGGCAACGCUUCCGCGACGGCUUGCUCUGCGCGUCUCCCGAGGAUUUACGCCGCGCUGCGGCGCGCCACCUCGCCGGCGUCGAGCCCGCGAUCGCUAUCGUCGGUUCCGCCGAGAAGGCUCCGAUGGGCGACGCGAAGUGGAUCAACCUCGACGCCCAGGGCGCCCCGCGCGUCGCGUAG